AAUCCCAGCGGUGGCGUGUGGGUAUAAAUAGCCCACCCAUAAACCCUCUCAUUCUAAAACCCUCUCUUUCGUUUCAUUCAGUGGGAACCUUUCUCAAACACCAUGAGUGCAUUCCCGAACGGUUCCAACUCGAGCCUCGACAACCUCCUCCUCCAAACUAUGAUGGGCAGGCUCCAGCUGCGAGCUCCGAUAAACAACCCCUUGGUCACACAGUCCCUCGAGGACUUUUUAUUCAACGACCUCGGCGACGACGACGACGACGGCGGUGACAACGAGGACAGCGAGAAAGCCUUCGAAGGGAAAUCGGAGCUUGCGAGAGAGGAGGCCAAGCUGGAAAGAGAAGUCAUCAAGAUCGUCCUAAGCGGAAACGGCGAGUCCGUCCUCAAGCCCAAUUCGGGCCAGGCCGUGUCGGUUCGCGACCACCACAUAUGUGUCGGGUUUCAAGACGAAGAGGAUUCUGGGUAUCGCGUGUGGGAGUGGCAUGGCCACAUCAUGUCUUUUGAUGAGGAAUUUGGGUAUAACCCUGAGUAUAUAUACGGCAAUUACUUUCAGUGGUUUAAGGCUAGACCUUCUUCUGUUGCUGCUGUUGCUGAUGCCGUUGUUGAGAAAGAGGAAGAAGAAGAGGAGGAUGAAGAGAAACAGGAGAAUCAGGGUUUGAGGGAGUUGAUUGAUAACAAGGAUUCCGCGGAUGCUCGCAUUCUUCACAGGAACAUCAACGCUGCUUGUCCAAGCCUGACAGGUACUAGAUAAGACACGAUUCUUCAUCGGAAAUUCAAGUUCAAAGUGUUGCGAGCAGAGGUUAUAGCCAACAUCUCAUUUCCCGUGUUCAACAAAGAUUGAUUUCCCCUGCUUUUCAGAGUCUAAAUCUCAGAAGCCCGCAUCGAGGAAUUUGUUUGAGCUUUAAAUUACAUGUAAAGGAUGCGAGACCUAGAUUUCUCUACAAUAAUACAUUUAUCUUUGCUCAGUUUUUUAAUCUUAUAGCAAUUUUUUACUUUUGCCUUUUCAUUAAGGCUAGCUGUUUUGAUGGUAGAUGGUUGGUUUGCGGGUAGAAAUGAGUUGCUUAUUUACUUGGCAGAGAAAUGCUAAUUAACACAUUAUUUUUUUAA